GUGCAGGACAACCUUAUAUCCACUCCCACAAUAUUACAAGAACAAAACUAAACUUUAAAUCAUGGUUACGUCUAACGAAAGAUCAACAGUGGGCGCUAAUGGUCACUUGCUGCAUGAAGAUGCAAUCAAGGGUGAGUUUGAUGUUCAGCCAGUUCAAGACGCAGUUGGUUAUGCUACUAGUUUAACUGGGGAUGAUCAGCAAUAUCAUGGGCACCAACCACAACAACAGCAGCAACAACAGCAGCAGCAACAGCAACAGCAACAGCAACAACUUCAACAUCACCAUCACACAAAUGCAUAUGCUGCUAGUGCAGCUGCCGCUGCUGCAGAGUUGCAACAUCGUGCUGAACUUCAAAGAAGACAACAGCAAUUGCAACAACAAGAGUUACAUCACCAACAACAACAAUUACAACAAUAUCACCAACAACAACAGCGUGAGCAACAACAGCAAGUGGCUCAACAACAAGCUGUACAACAACAACAGCAACAACAGCUUCACCAACAACAGUUGCAACACCAACAAUUACAACAACAACAACAACAGCAGCAGCAGCAGCAAAUACAAGUUCAAAGUUCACGUCAAACACGCCACCAUCAACAACAACCACUGCAACAUAUCCAACAACAACCUUCUGACGAUAUCCAUGUUGGUGACCUUCGUUCUCAAUACGAAGAUAACGCUGUCAUUAACACCUUUUCAAGCAAACAAGAGCUUGUCAAGUAUGUGAAAUAUGUAUUAGGUCCCGAAGAAAAUUGUAAAAUUGUCAUUAACUCCUCCAAACCAAAAGCAGUAUACUUUCAAUGCGAAAGAUCAGGUACUUUUAGAACCACUGUCAAGGACAUCUCCAAAAGACAAAGAGUUGCUUAUACAAAGAGAAACAAGUGUGGUUAUAGACUUGUUGCUAACUUGUACCCUCCAGAAAAGGACAAGAAAAAGAAAGCUGGCGAUGAUGGACUUGAUGGUGAAACCAACGAAAUGUGGAUCUUAAGAAUGAUUAACCCUCAACAUAACCACUUACCGGAUCCAAUCAAUAACAAACAAAAGAAAAAACUGAAGUUCUCAAAAACUUUGGUGGAAAAACCAUUGCAUAAACAUAAUGUGCCAGCUCAAUCUGCCACGGGUGUUGCUGCUCCUGGUGGUGGUCCUGGCGUUGGUGCCGGCGCUACCAACUUCAAUGAACUUAUUGGACAACCAGUUCAUAAUGCUGGACUUCAACAUAUCCCAACCGCAGCAUCUAUACCACAACACCAUCUUGAUCCCCAUCAUCAUCAUCAUCAUCAACAUGGUGGUCCUUCAGUGCAAGACGCUGCUGUGUUGGCGGCAUUUGAAGCAUCUCAAGCCACCCAUUCUUCAUCCAAUGUGGCUGCAGCUGCUGUAGCUGCAGCAUUACAUUCUCAUAAUGUUGUUGAUUCCAAUAUUGAUCCAAAUGUUGAUCCAAACGUCCAAGCUCAUGACCAUUCCCAUGGUCAUAGAGGUAUGCACGUGAACAGAUAAACCUUGUUGUGCUGGCUUAUAUAUAUAUAAACCUUUGUAUUUCUAUGUAUGUGUUAAACUUUGUAUUUUUUUUGGCUUUUUAUAU